CACACAAUAAUCACCUCCCUCCCACCUUCAAAGGUGGCUGAGUUGGUGUGUGAAGACAGCUGAAAUUUAGUCUAUGAGGAGCUUCGCCUGACUUCAUCAUGGGUUUUUCUCUCUACCUCCUGACUCUGCAUCUUCUCCUUUCCCGCUGCACAGCUAACUGGUGUUAUCAAAACCAGAAUGCCUGUGAUGACCCAUGCAGAGACCCCAACCACUGGGCUACUCAAUUCCCAAAAUGUGGAGGGUUACGCCAGUCACCGAUUAACAUCGUGACCAGCAAAGUCCACAUCGACAUCGCCCUGUCACCUUUCAACUUCAUUGGCCACACCGACACAAUCAACAUGACAGUGGAAAACAAAGGGCACUCUGCCCACUUUGUUUUGCCGGCGUCUGUUCGAUUCAUUGGGGGAGCUCUGCCAGGUCACUACAGAGCCGCCCAAUUUCACCUCCACUGGGGAGGGAAUGGGAGACCAGGAUCAGAGCACACCAUUGACGGAGAGAGAUUCCCCAUGGAGAUGCACAUAGUCCACAUUAAGGAGCCGUACAGCUCUCUGGCGGAGGCCGAACAUGACACAGCAGGUAUAGCUCUGCUCGCCUUCCUGUUUGAGGAAACAGCGGAUGAUCAUCCUCAUUUGGACACAGUAAUAGAUGCGCUGGGCCGCGUACAAAACAACGGCAGCACCACAGUGAUCCCAAACUUUAGACUCUGUGACAUUAUCCCAGCUGCAAAGGACCUACAAGGUUACUACCGCUACGUGGGCUCCAUGACAACGCCGGGAUGUGAGCAGGCAGUUGCCUGGACAGUGUUUCACAGGAAGCUGGCCAUCAGUAGUCGACAGCUGGAUGCGAUAGUUAAGCAGUGUCGCUUUUGGACAGGGCAUCCCAUGACUGACAUUUUCCGACCUACGCAGCCGCUGGAUGGCAGGAUUGUGUACUCCUCAAAGUCGGGUACAGCUCAGACAACUGCGACACAUUUUUGGUGUCUGUUUUUAUCAUUUGUGACUGUUACGCUGGGUCUGGCACACUGAAUGCGCAGCAAGAAAUGGGCAUAGUCUUCAAGUCUGAACAGCGAAGCCAACGCACAAAGUCUUAAAUCUGCAUUUUUUCUUAUGGCCAGCAGGGAGUGACUUCUCAAAGUCUGAUUGUAUAUAUACAGUUCUGUGAAAAAGUAUUUGCCCUUUAUAACCCCUUCCUUGGGUUAUAACUUCAGUAAACAUUUUCUUGAUGAAUCUUAGUCACAUGAUAAAGCAUGAUGUAUCGUUAGUAAGUAAUGGUCCCUUUUUGAGUUCAGCAGAAGUACAUAGAGCUAGAUACACACAGCUCAGCCUUCCUCUGCAGAUCAGAGGGUAUGCAAAAAUUAGAGAUGCAAAGAAAUGUUUUUAUUAAAAAUGCCACUGCUACCCUUAAAAGGGGCAGUUGUUUUGCGUUAACUAUUGGUAAUGUAUUCAUACUUAAUCAUUUUUUAAGAUGAUCCAUUUUUCCUGACAAAUUACCAUCAAUUAAAGUUGAUCACAUCAGCAGCAAUGCCCACAUUUAGGUACAUGACUGCCAGGCAGUGUCUCGUACAACCCUAUUAGAUAGUUUUCUCCUAGCACCACCAUCAGCAGUGUCAAACUUAUUUCCUUAGAGAUUAUUAAAGUGUUCUGAUUCUGAAGAUACUGGAUUGUUUGUCCUUAAAUCUGUACAGAUUCACAUAUUGUACUGAGCAGAAUGAUAACAACAGCCUUUAGAGGAACUGGUCUCAGUCACCAAACUAAUUCGGUAGUGGUGUGAAAAUGAUUCAGGCAAGUUUUGACUAAAAUGUGAGUGCACUCGGCUCCUGUAGCCUGAUGUCGCAGCUAUGGUGGAGCAUGCAAAGAAUGGCAGCUUCCACAGUAAUACUAGUUAAAACAGCUAACUGGGCGUGUUUCAUAAAUGCAAACAUAUGUGCUAUUUAAGAAGACCUUCUUCCUAUAUUUACUUUCUUCCUCCCCACCAUAGACAUAUCUGAGCUACAUGAACGUUUUCUGGUGAUUUGAAGGGAUGCAUGAUGAUUCUUUGGGAUUUUUCUCUUUGUGGAAAGAAGCUGAAAGAAAGAAAAACAAACCGAUCAACUGAUUCAGACCAGACCAAUUUAAAACGUUGAAACCAUAAAGCAGCACCAUCUUCAUCUCAAACAGAAAUUUGUAUGAUGAUCAAAUUUAAUUAGCACAUGCCGACUUCAGCUGAAGCCGCUAACAUGGCAGUAGAUUUGAAUUUGAAAGUAUUACUGACUUCAAUUAUGUCAGUAUUUCUGACCUAGGAAACUGAAAACCAACAUAGUAUGUGUGUGAGCUUUAGUACCCUGCAGCACUUGGGGCUUUAGGGGGGAGGUCAGUUUUUAAUAUUCAUGUUUUACUGCUUUAUAUUAACGCUUAUUUUCUCCUAGAUGUUUUUGUGGACAAAAGUAAUAAACCGAUAUAUAGAAUUAGAGGUUUAACAUAUUUUUCUUUCUUUUUCAAAACAUGAGAGAUUCUUUAAAUAAUAACCUUUAUUCUACUAUUUUUGUCGUUGCUUUUCAUGUAUAUAUUUGUAUCUUUGUUGUUUAGAGAGUUUAACAAAGCAUUUGGUAAUUAAGGCAUCUCAUAAAUGUACCUGUGCAUGUUUUAAUUAAGAUCUAAACUCCAGUAAUCCUCCAGCAAUCCAAUGAGCAGUAUGUAGAGUGGUCGCCCCAUGAUAGGAAGGUCGGGGGUUCGAAUACACUGAACAGCUACCCUGAGGUACCACUUAGCGAGGCACUCUCCCUACACACUGAUCCCCGGUGCGCCUGCCCUCUGCUUCCCUGAGUGAAUGGGUCAAAUGCAGAGAUAGUAAUUUCCCCACGGGGAUCAAUGAAGUAUACAUUAAUAUUAAUCCUCUGCCAGAGUAAUAACUUGUUCUUGACUUCUUAUGAUGUGCAAAAUCCAAACCCAAAACUUCAAUCAGUAAACUAACAGCUGACGUCAGUGGAUUUAUCUGAACCCUUACUGUGAGACUGAUUUUAUAUUGAGUAUUCACCAAUUUGGAUUUCUACAGAUUCAAUUAGAUCAGUUUAAAAUGAAUGAAACUGACUGUUUUAAGCACCAUGGAAAUAAAUCUGCCUUGCAGUUCAUUCUGCCCCGGUCAGUUGUGUUUAUCAUAGCCGACUGUUGGUAACUUUGUUCAUAUACAACAGGAAACCAUGCUUGCAUUACAUGACUUCACUGGUAAACGGCCACACUGGAGCAUUUAAAUAAACAGGCACCUCAGAGUUUCUCUCAAUUGUCAGCGCAGGUGUGAAUCCUGCAUAAACCUGCCAUAAAGUAAUGUUGGAUCCACUUAUGUGACAUAAAUAAAUACACGUUCUUGUCUGUGCAGUAAAAUAGGCUGUGUGUGUCUUUAGGAUGGCUAGAGAGUAAAGUAAAUCACAUCAGAUGUUUUUGUGGUGGAAAUCAGACU